GUUGGCUUCCCCGCCUCUUCCCGGGUCCCGCUGCGUCUGCUGCCCUGUCAACCACACCGAGACGAGGCAACAUGGGUCAUACAUCGAAGUUUUAGGCGACGAAAAAGAUAACUACCUCACCAUUUUCAACUAAAUCCAGAAAGAAACUGACCAAACAUUGCCAAAGGUUGCUGAUAGACUGUGAUGAUGUCAUUCUCCAUGGCCCUGCACCUCACCGUUGUUAUCCAACUCCUGGCGCUGGUGGCCAUAUAUGACCAGGUUACAGCUGAUCGCAUCAACUUCUACAACGUCAAACCACCUGUGGAAGCCACUCCAUUCCCUAAGAGCUUCAAGUGCUUCACCUGCGAGCAAGCUGCAGACAACUACAACUGUAACCGCUGGGCUGAGGACAAGUGGUGUCCACAGAAUACACAGUUCUGUAUGACAGUGCACCACUUCACCAGUCAUGGCAAGACCAAGUUUGUGACCAAAAAGUGUGCUGCCAGGGAGGUGUGUCACGCUUCAGGCUGUAGACAUCACAGGGACAUGGGUCACACAGAGUGUGUGUCGUGCUGUGAGGGUAUGAUCUGCAACGUGGAGGUCCCCACCAACCACACCAAUGCUGUGUUUGCCAUGAGGCAGCAGGCUUACAACUCAGCCCCACCCCAGGCCCCUGUGAGGACAGCGUGGGGCUGCUGCUGGAUGACAUUACUCACCACCCUGGGCCUGGGGUUGACCAGACUGGUCCUACUGUGACACUGCUGUCCCUCAGAGCAUGUCCCUAUAGACGGGACCAGACUAUACCAGACCAGCAUGUUCCUCUGAACAUGGAGGAUGUGUGUUGUUACAAGUGUGGUGGUAAUCUGUGUUAAAGAUGUCACAUAGAUCAAUCGAACAAUCACGAAGGACUACAGCAGUGUCCUAAUGAAUGAUGCUUGGUUUGUUAACAUUGGUUGCAUCUACAUAAGCCAAUGGGACUGGAGAAAGCAUCCAUGGAAUCAAUAGAAUUGGACAAAGACCAAUGGUCAGUUAAUCUAUAGAAUUGGAUGUAGCUUGCCAGCUAGUGGAGUUGGCAAGCAGAGGAGUUAGCCGGAAGGGUUCAAGGAGGAUCAUGCCCAUCAUAAGUCUAAUGUCCAUUGCUGAUUCAAAGAUGGAUGCCCAGUGACCGAUCCUUCAAUCAGCCCUGGGCAGAGCCCAAAACUACUAUACGGAGCAUGCCGAAUGAGAGGCUGGAACCUGGAGACUUUAAAUGUUCCACAGAACAUUCCCUAGGAUUAUUCAUGGUCCUGGGAAUGUUAAUCGUGUGUUCUCUGUGGGAUUUUGCAGCACUGCAGUGCACACAUGGCCCAGGAAUGACUGGAUACAUAGGCAUGCCCCAUGCCCAUUGGAUCAGGGAGAACUUUGGGAGAUGAUGAUAGACAUGGAAUCUGGCAUAAAUGUAUUAGUACUUGAUCCAUAGUAUGGCACAAAAUGAAAGCAUUUUGCACUUGAAUGUUUUGUUAAGAAAUAUUGUUACUUGUAUUUUUUUUUGCAUAACUUGUGAAUAUCCUUAAAUAAAAUGGAAAGAACUAUACUUUUGGAAAGAUGUACUUUUCUAUAUAUUUAGCUUUUCUCGACAACAUGCCUUAAUGACAUUACAGUGUUACAUUUACCAGAAUGUAUUAUCUCUUUGCAGAAGUCCCAUGUCUGUGGCCAUAUGACAACAUGGUGCUCAUUAUGACCGUUAUGUAGUUCCUAGCAUGUGAGACUGAUUCACCAAGCUGUGUGCUGGCCCUGUUUCUGCCUCAUGUUGUGAAGAGGUCUUAUCACAUCUGUUCUUCGAUCUGGAAAUCUCAGAAAAAGAUGGAAUAUGAUAUUCAUUUACAUAAAUAGUUGCAAUGUCUGGUGAUGUAAUAUGGCAUAAAACUAUCAUUGCCGUGAAGUUGGGAGAGAUUAACGACAAAGGAUGUUAUGACUUUCCAUGUCAGCAACAUGAAAAAGUUGACCUUUUUAAAGGUUAACCUUCUUAUUGUGUUUUAUUGAUAUUUAAUGAAUAUGUCAAGAAACCAUGGAAUGUUCAGUUAUUUAUGGCAUAUUAUAGGGUGGGUCUAAUCCUGGAUGCUGAUUGGUUAAAACCGAGUUCCAGCCGGUGUCUAAUCCCCAUGUUACCACCCACUAAGGCUACAUUGAAAUGCCUAUUUACUGUUCCACCUCACUGCUCAAUCCACCAUCACAUCAGCCCAGCCAGGCAAUUUAGGAACUUGAUCUCUACUGUAAAAAGCAUCUAGACAUUAUCUCCCAUUUUCUUUUAGACUAGCAUUUCGUUUUCAACAGUGGCGGCUUGUAUAAAACAUGCUGUCUGUCUCUCUGACAUCUGUAACGUUGUUUCAAUAUGGAAGUUCUGAAAAACUGUUUCAUAGUUUGAAAGUGCUGGGACGAGAUGGACAGGCAACUUUUCUCAGCCAGUUGAAAUCAUGAAUCAGCAUAAUGUUUAUGGAUACAUACAAAUACAUUUCAAUAGAAAAAAAGGUCAAACAAAAUGAAACACAGCUAGUUUUCUGUUUUUCCCGAUGCCGUUCCAAGUGAUUGCGUUAGUGUAGUUGUCUAGCUCCUCUGAACUGUGUCCUGGAGUUGUCACUAGUUACCACAGCCACAAAGUAACACUUGGCUAUUUCAUAAAUAAUUAUUGGAACAAAAAGCUUUUUGGUCAUAAUUUAAGGUUAUGGUAAGGCAUAAAGUUAGCAGUGUUGUUAAGGCUAUGACUGAGGUUUGGUUUAAAAUCAGAUUUUAAGAAGAGAAGAACGAGUAGAAAUAGGCAGGGUUUAUGACUUUGUGUUUGUGGUAACUAGUGACAACCGUGUCCUGGCAAGAGAUCAAAUUGUCUAUGCCGGGCAAAAUCGUGUAUCAUUAGCUCAUUGUUAUGGAUGUAUCCAAAUAAAUGUCACUAGAAAACAGCUUAAACAAA